AUGAAUGGCUGCAGCAAGAGAAAGUCCCAUCGCCUUCUACAGCCGGUGUUUGAGUUGCAACAAACUUUCCCGAAAAUACAGCACUGGCAAGGAGCAGAGAUUCUUCAUCGUCUCAAGCAAAAGGAGAAGGAUGCUGCAGUCAUUCACCCCUGCAUCGACACCUGGGGGGAGUACAUGCAGUGCCUCAGGCGCUACCCUGCAACCUCCGCGGCGAGGUGCCGUGUCGAGAGUGACAGACACACACGUUGUCUUCACCUGAAUGGCCGAUGGAAACCGUCAGACAGUCUAGAGGCUCUGAAGCUCCUUGAAAUGUUCAAAGUUUUCAAUGAAACAGCCAGAUUCAAAUAUCCCCCUCGCCCUGUGCACUCUCUGGUCCGAGGGUGCGCUUUCCCAUUCUCCAAUCCACCAAAGAAGUAG